GGUGAUUCCAAAUUGUUUCUGUGUUAUAAAUGUGGAUUUGAUUUGUGUUUUUGAUAUACUGUCGAUGUUUUAUACAGCUGACCACAGUCAGAAGACCAAUUCUACCACUAAUAACAGUCACUGUGAGGUGGCAUUUGCUCCAGAGACUGUUGAGCACUUUCUACAAGAACUCCAGAGCUCACUGAAUGAUUCUUCAGACGAUCACCAUGAAGCACCACCACCAAAAGCUCCUCUUCUAGCUUCCUUGAACUGGAGCACAAGAAAAACUCUUUUUUCAGAGAGUUGGAGGGCCAAAAGACCCCAUCUGGUGAAUACCAUGGCAGCUCAAGAAAGUGUGUCGGAACAUAUAUGCCAACAAUGUGGGAGCAAUCCAGCUGUGCUUCGUUGUCGUGACUGUCUACCUCGCCCCCUUUUUUGUGAUAAAUGUGAUGUCAUCACGCACACCAGAUAUGUCCUUCACAAUAGACGUGCCAUGACUGCCGGAUUCUUCCAGCCAUUGCCUCCAACAACUUACAUUGUAAAUAAGACCCUUUGCCAUGAUGCACGACUUGUCUCUGUGGAGAGCCCAGUCAGAAUCUGCGGCUGUCCACCAGAGUGUUUGAGGGUCAGACCAGGAAAGGUUGUUGCUGUGGUCACAAUGAAUGGACGUUACUAUCUCAGCAUGCCAGAGCUGAGAUGUCUUCUUUACAUUUGAAGAAAUGAAGAUGGCAUCAC